GGAGGGCGAUGGGGAAGUCGAUAGAAAUUCUUCCUUGUCGAAUUUGUUGGAGCCCUUCCAUUAUUUGGCGCCAAACGGGUAAAAGUGUAGCAGCCGUUCUGCGUUUAGUAAUAGAAGCCUCGCAGAGCUUUGUGCCGAUUUUGUCCCAGCGCUCUCGUUCAAGAGAGAACCCAGUUUUCGGAAAUUCAGGGGCAUUUUUACUUAUCUAUUUAAGAAAAGUAGCUAACGCUGAAGUAGGUAGAGGCUGAUUCUGAAACUUGAGCCGUAAUACUUGAAGAUUUCCUUGUUGCUCCGUCGUUAGAGAGCUCCCCGAAGCUCCCGACUGCUCACCUCCUGUCCUGCAGAGCGGUGCGGGCGCCCGCCAAACAAUCUCUCCAUAGUCCCAUCGGGCGGCGCUGCCGGACCGGGCUCGCUCAGCCUCGGCUCGAUUUGCCCCACGCAGUGGGCGCUAUUUGCAGCGUCUGAUGCAUGGACUCAGAUGUGAACGAUCCAAGUCGUUUAUUACAAGUUCUCACAUCACUGAUAUACCUUCACGAGUUUUCUUUCUCUAGCUUUCCCAUCCACCUUUACAUGUCAACAAAGCACUCUACAAACACUCUUCAUCCGUUCACAUGGUCGUUUAUCCAAUCAGAGCCCCAAGCCGUUCUUUCUUCUUCUAGAGGUGUCCUUGGUUCUCAUGCUGUUUCUCCUGCUCCACAGCUGCUGCUCUGAACAGUUUUUCUUGUAUUCCCACACAAAUGUACUCCAAUGAUAUUCCAGAAAGAAGAGAAUCUCAAAGCAGAAGUGUGAAACGCGCAGGAGAAACUCUCAGGACAGAUCAAGUAAAACAACUUCAGCACUCCCUGCUACGAUUUGCUUCCCCAGAGAAUCACUUGAAAGGAGGAAGAGGCUAAAGGAGAUAUUGUAGGUAUCCCCUGCCCUCCUCCUAUCGUAGCGGAGGCGUCCUGGGUACCACUGAAGGAUCAGGACGGGCUUAAGUGCUCUCCAGUCACCAGCAGGAUCUGCCGCCAGAGGAAUGUGUGAUACAGGCAGCGUUAUGGUGAGUGCCAGGAUCAGGAGAUGUGGGUUUACUGUUCACACCCCACGGACUGCUGGAGAAUUGAGAAACCUGCCCAUAAGUUUUCCAGACAUCUGAGAAUUACUUUGGACAAUUACAGGAGAAUUGCUGAGACAACCAAUCUCUUGAUCUGUUAUUCCCUUAGCACCCGGCAACGAUAGUGGGACCCAUUCUACAGAACACGCGGGGAACAAAAUUUGUGUAGCCCUACCCGUUGAACCAAGUAUCGUUUUGCACACCACCCCAAUGCAGUGGGCUUGCAGAAAGGAAGAACUCCAGUUUGAAAACCAAACUGGCAAAUGUGCUCAGAAAUGACCAGUGUGAAAUGACUGGAUUCGAUUAGAGUGGGCCAGAAUGACAUAGCUCAGUUGGAAGGACCUGGAAGGUUGAUCUAGUCCAACUGCCUGACCACGAGAUGGCGAGCACAAAGCUAAAUGAAAUGAUGAGAGGCAUUAUCCAGGUGCCUUUUGAACACUGGCAGGCUUGGGGCAUCAACCAGCUCUCUAGGAAGCCUACUCCGCUACCUCUUGCACUGACGUACAUAAAGCAUCGUGGAUAGAUAACACGGAGCGUCCCCUCCUAAGUUUUUAUAUUUAUGUUUAUAUUCCAGGUAUAGCCAUGGAAUUGCCUGAAGUGGCAAUGAAAGGAGGUGGGACUGGUGCAGCACUGCGGCCAUGUUUGGCCCAGUGGCCGCCCAGUGUGUGAGCCGUCCUGGGCGUGGCAGGGCACUGAUGUCACAAAGGCAGUGAUUGUCAUAGCUUGCAUCAGUGGGUAAGAGACCGCUGCGGGGUACAGCGGGGUCUGUCCCCAGUAGGGACGCUGCGGUGCAGGGGCGGAGGUGAGGCUCUACCCCACGAGGACGCAGCAGCGAGCUGUCUGGCCAGGGUUAGGCCAGAGACCAAGUAGGAAGUGAGCCGUGCGGGUGGUUCCUGGAGGACCAAGCCGCGUGGGAUGGAGGUGCAGAGGGCUCAGGAAGCCAGGCCCGCAGGCCCCCUGCAGCGCCUUCUGCAGGAGGGCGAGUUUGGCCUGCUGAGCCAUACCCUUAUCUUGGAGAGCAACUUCUUCCAGGUGGGCCGCCACGGGGAGGUGCUGAACGUGUCUAAGCGUGUACAGGAGGUGACCAUGGGGGUAGCCGAAACCGGCCCUGCCACUGGGGUGCCCAAUGUCAUCUUAAUGGCUGUCCCUGCGGCUCCCCCGGCCGAGGGGCUGGAGCUCACCAGGCUGCUGCCGCUGCAGUGCGUAAAGCUGGCAGUGUACGGACGCCUCCAGCACUGCCUGCGGCUCCGCUUCCCCACCGGCCGCAAGGUGUACUUGCAGCUGUGCCCUGGGCCCAGAGCUGAGGAGCUCUUCCUGCACUGGGCUGCGCUGGUGACCGUGCUCCCCGUCCCUGGGGAGCCUAGCAUCCACCCCACACCUGCAGGGGAGCCCGUGCCCGGGGGGGAGGCCUGCUCCACGGGCGUGACACAGCCCGAGGUUGAGGCUGAAGUCGAAGUCAAGGUUCCUGCCACGGACCCGUCUAUGGGUAAGAUAGGGACAACAGGAGAAAUAGCAGGGACGGACGAGGCCCCGCCUGCUUCCAGCACACCAGAGGUGAGGACUGAUAGAGGGAUGAGCCCAGGACAGGGAAGAAGGUUCAGACACUCCUGGAAUCCGAGUCUCACUCUGCCCUCAUUCCCCAGGACACACCCAAUGAGACCCCUGCAGACGCCACCAGAUGUGGAAGCAGUGAGCGUCUCGGUGGCACGCGUGAUCCCCUGGCAACCAGUGCCAGGAAGACGCCAACUAAAAAGAAGAAGUCAUCCUCUGGUUGGCGUGCUGCUGGAAAAUGGGCGUUCUGGAGGAGAGGCUGCCGAGCUCCCAAGCCGACUCCCGCGGCAGGUGAUGCUCACUAGGCGUAGCCUCUACGGAGUGGGCAAGGAGAACGUUAUGCUGGAUUUGAGGCUCAGCCUCGGGAAAGGAUUCCUAGAGGCCGUGCUCAGGCCCACGCGCAGCGAUGCUCACAGCACCGUGUGCACGGGAUACGUACCUGUUUGAAGGAAGCAGCUGAUAUCCACAGCCGCGGCACUUGCCCGUGUGCCUCCGGUGUUGCUGGGGAGCAUUUUAUCCAUCCUGGCAGUCACGGGUGCCGGCGGGUCACUGCCUGAGACUGGAAAGGACUGCCUCUAAGCAACAAGAGGCAACCGACAUCACGGUGGACAACUCUGCAUUUGAAAGCAUUUCUUUGCGUUUGUUUGCCUUCGAAAGGCAGGGUUCGGGCAUGUUUAUUGACUGGACACUUGGCCUGGGAGCAAACGAAACCAACUUGACAGAGGAGACUGGAAGAUGAUACCACCGUAUCCUGUGAAAGCAAGAUAGAAGCUGGUGUCUCCCUGCUUCCUCUUGUCUGCAGACUCCAAUUUGCAAGGCCUGGAAGAGGGAACAAAGGAGUUCCUGCUAAAAUCCCUAAGCCAGAAGCUGUUACUCCAAAGGAGCUGGCCCAGGCACUUUGAACAAUGAGUUUGUUAUGUCCUUGGUAGUCGUCAUCAACUGAAACAACACAACCUCGGACGACUCAGCACUACUGAGGACCCAUCACUACCGAAGAUCAGCAGCUGACAAGAAGAUCCAGAUGGACUGAGGAGUAGUGAAAGGCUUUGCUUUGCUGUGUUUGUAUAUCUGUCUGCCUGUCUGUCACUCUUCCCCCAUCUUCUACCUCUUCUUUCAUUCUUUUAUUCUCUGCAGCAGCCACUGCCUAAAAUUGUCUCACCUGUAACAUGCACUACUCGUAAUCAUCCAGUUAGCCAAUUUUACCUCCAAGUAGGUGCUGUCAGUUGUUGAGAAAGCUGUCAAUAAAUUGAUGUCUAUUAUU